UCUCGGUAGCCGUGCCAAGAAAUACUCUUGCCACUUGCAAGCUGGUGUCCAGUUCCACAAGCUCGCUUCCACCUUACCAAAUCCAGCCAUGGCAGAGCACGCCGUGCGCCUCUGUCUCUUGCUCUGCCUCUCCCACUUCCUGCUGUCGUCUCCCAGGCGGGCAAUGAGCAUGGGCCUGGGCCUCGACGCCGACGACGAUGACGACUACUUCCACCACUACGAUGGCGACGACGAUGAGAACUACUACCUUGAUGAGGACGACGACGACGGCUUCAUUGGCAGGCCGGCACGGAGGCUACACGACGGCGACGGUGACGAAAACUACUACCAUGACGAGGACGACGACGUCUUCACCGGCAGGCCAGCCCGGAGGCUGUACGACAGCGGCGCAGUCAUGCCGGAGAAGUACAGCGUCCUGAACAGCAACUCCUCCAACAGUAGCUCCGGCUCGGCCUUCUGCAGGCUGCUCUCCCUCCAGGUUCUUGACCUGUCGAACAACAGGCUCACCGGUAAGCUUCCCGACUGCUGGUGGGACCUGCAGAAUCUGCAGUUCAUGGACCUUUCCAACAACAAGUUCUCAGGUGAAAUCCCUCCAGCCCAGACGAGCUACAAUUGUUCUCUUGAAUCGGUUCAUCUUGCCGGCAACGGCUUCACCGGUGUUUUUCCAUCGGCGCUACAGGGGUGUAGAACACUGGUCACUCUAGAUAUUGGGAACAACAGGUUCUCUGGUGACAUUCCUCCUUGGAUUGGGAGAGGCCUUCCAUCUUUGAAGAUUCUUAGCCUCAAAUCAAACAACUUCACUGGUGGAAUCCCUUCCGAGUUGUCGCAUCUUUCUCAACUUCAACUGCUAGACAUGGCCAACAAUGGUUUGACAGGAUCGAUUCCCAGAUCCUUUGGCAACUUAACUUCCAUGAAGUAUCCCAAAAUUAUAUCUAGUCCGGGAUCACUAGACGGAUCUACUUACCAGGACAGAAUCGAUAUAAUCUGGAAGGGGCAGGAGAUAAUUUUCCAAAAAACUCUUCAAUUAAUGACGGGCAUCGAUUUGUCAGGUAACUCAUUAUCUGAAUGCAUCCCUGAUGAACUAACGAACCUCCAAGGCCUCCGAUUUCUGAACUUGUCAAGAAACCAUCUGUCAUGUACCAUACCAAAAAACAUUGGUAGUUUGAAAAAUCUCGAGUCCCUUGAUCUCUCGGCGAACGAACUUUCAGGAUCCAUUCCUCCAAGCCUUGCCGGUAUAUCUACCCUUGGCACUCUGAAUCUAUCGUAUAAUCAUUUAUCAGGCAAGAUACCCAUCGGGAAUCAACUUCAAACCUUCAUUGACCCAUCGAUCUACAGUAAUAAUUCGGGGUUAUGUGGCUUUCCCCUGAAGAUAUCUUGCACAAAUGCAUCACUAGCUUCAGAUGAGAGAGGCUGUAGAACAUGUGAGGACCAGUACUUGUACUAUUGUGUGAUGGCUGGAGUCGUCUUCGGGUUUUGGCUAUGGUUUGGAAUGCUGUUUUCCAUCGGGACCUGGAGGUAUGCUGUUUUCGGUUUUGUUGAUGGCAUGCAACGUAAGUUUAUGCAGAAAGUGUCCUCCAUUGAUCAAUUUAUGUCAAGAGGAAAUAGUGAUCAGUAUUUGUAGUUGCGUUUCCAUCUAAAUAGGAAGUUUUUUUCACUGUUCUGUAAUUAGCACCUAAGGGCAGGAGUCACAGGUCGUCAGGACCCAACAUGCUUCCUUUGUAUCAAGGCUAAGAAAAAUGUAAGAACUUAGUCUAUACAUUAAAAUUAUAUGCCAUACUUUCAGUUUUAUCGUGUGUUUCCAUCUUACAUACUUUGUUGUGUUUCCAUCAAA